UUCAUCCGAGCCUAUAAAAACACCGAAUCAAUUCAAACCGGCGUCAUCUCGAGGUCAACAGUCCAACCUAUUGGUCUCUUGGUUCCAUCAAAUUCAUUCAAUUCAAGGAUAUGCAAUCACAGUAGACGUCGAUGAUUUAGACCCUGUGAGUUUCCUAAAUCUCUCCCUCGUUCUUUAGUCAUUGUUAAUUCUACUAAGCAGAGGAGUUUUGGCUCACGUUGCCACGAGUUUGCCUUUGAAGCCUGUUCGUAUCGUGUAAAGAUUGGCUUAAGCACCACCAAGCUAUUCUAGUUUCUACCACCAAGAGACAGAGAUGUUCCUAUUCAACUUGUCUUCCUUAGAGAUUGGUUUGUUGGCAGGUGGGGGAGCUGUGCUUUUAGCGGUCAUCGUGGUACUGAUAGUUGUACUUUGCAGGCAAUGUGGAAAUAAAGGCAAGAGCAUUUCAAAGAGCCCACGUAAUAAACGACGUCUGUGCAAAUCAGGCCAUCAUCACCACUCAACCAUUGACCUCCCACCACUAGUCUGUAUGGAGGGUACUGGAUGCAGCAGGUCUAAUCUCAUGGGAAUGAUUGAAAACCCCUUGAAAUCCCUUAAUACUGACAAAGAGAGUCUAGCAGAAGGUUAUGCCGUCAGCACUCUUAAUGGACCUGAAUGGAAGACCUUUGAUACUCUGGGCGUUCCCAGAAGCCCUCGAGAGUUUAUGUACUAUAUGCGCACCUUGGAGCGUUCGCGUGCUAAUAGCACCCCUGCUGCGACGAAAAAAGAGAAUACCGCCGAGAAAGAUGCCGGUGUUUAUGAUGUUAAGAUCUUUUCAUCGAGUUACAGAGAAUCAAGCUCGCGGAAUGGAAAAGAUCAAGUGAAGUCUUCCGAGACCUCCCAGCAGGGAAGGAAUACUUCCGGUGCAUUACGUCAUCCAGCGUACCGGGAAUUAAUGCAGGGGAAUACAUUCCACGUGGUAUGCACCACGCCCUGUACUGACAUGUCGGAUAGUGAUUCAGAACCGGAGUUCAGCAGUCCAAAGGCUCGUUUAAAGUUUACUACGAUACUCGAGCAGCAGCCUGGAAGCACUGCGAGUGCACUGAACGUUAUUAGUAGAACUGAACUGCAUCCGACUUACCACGAGAGUAAACAUGCUAUAGCAAACCUUGAACUAGUGUAGCUUUGUAAUGAUUUCUUCAGUAACUACACGACGCGACAUGGUGGUCACCCUGUGGUGGCGGCGACACUACUUCGACCAUGAUAUAAACAUGCUGAAUGAAACUCUAUCAUGUCAUUUUAUAUUCAUUAUUUCUGAGGAACGUUUUAAGAAAUGUAUAUUAUAUCGAGCAGAGACUAGAACAAUGAUUAUGAUAGUUUCUAUUUUGUCAGUUUAAACUUGUUUUAAAGUUUUACAACGAAAAAGUCGGCUCUUUUGGAGUCCGAGAAAGAUGAACAAAAAGCAUGAAAUCUGACAGCAGUGCGAAUUCGGGCAUACGUUUUCAUGGCAGUAUUGAGUGAAGACUUUCUCGUCAUAUGAAGAUAUAUGGUAGUAAGCAUUAUGGUUUAUAGGUAAAGCUAUACAUGAUGGUAAAUGCGCGCACACGUUGUCAUAGCAGUAUCGAGUAAAGACUAUCGGUAUAUGAAGAUAUAUGGUAGUAAGCAUUAUGGUUUAUAGGUAAAGCUAUACAUGAUGGUAAAUGCGCGCACACGUUGUUAUAGCAGUAUUGAGUGAAGACUUUCUCGGUAUAUGAAGAUAUAUGGUAGUAAGCAUUAUUGAGUAAAGACUGUCGGUAUAUGAAGAUAUAUGGUAGUAGGCAUUAUGGUUUAUAGGUAAAGUUAUACACGAUGGUGAUUGCGCGCACACGUUAUCAUAAUGACUGACACCAGUAGCAAUAUAGAGAUUACAAAUAAAGUUAUACACGAUAGUAAAUACGCAUUAACGUUGUUACAGUACUGUAGAGCAAAAAUGUGCUUUUGUUACAGUAUGACAUACACAAGUAAGCACUACUCUUAGUAGGUAAAAAUAAAUGUACAUCACCAUCUUUACAGCACUAUGGAGAAAACGAUGGAAGUCUUUUCAUUGAUGGUUUUCACCUUGGCCAUGUUUGAGGAGUGUAACAAAAGAAUUGUCAACAAUGAAUUCUUUUAUAUCUUCCAUCAUGGCCGCCGUGUCGUUUGUUAUUCAAUUCUCUUGGGAAUGGUUGGAAACCAUCGAUACGGUAACAUCGAGCUAGAUGCGAUGUUACGCAUAAAUAAAGGACAGUUUUUUCUAGGUUAAAGUUUUUUAGUUAACUAGUUUCAUAUUCAAACGAAAUCAGGCUGCCAUGACAACGUCAGAUCACGUGAUGGACAAUAAAUUAUACAAGGAUGGAUGGAUUUAUUCGCAAUAGACAAAUUAUGUUUAUUAAAAUGUUUACGUUUUGUGA